UAGUAUUGGGCUAAGUUAGAGAUCACUUUAAAAUGAGCUAUGUUGGGUUGGGCUGAAAUCAGCCCAAUAUAAAAUUAUCUUGAGUCCAACCCAUAAAAGUUUGGGUGGGCUGGGCAGGUCAUCACCUUUUGGGCCAAAUUUGACACCCCUAGUAUUCUACUUUGUAUGUGUGUAUAUAUAUAGUUGCUAAAUAUCAUUAAUAUAUAAAUAUUUGCUAUGAGAAAUAAUUAAGUUAAACUAUAGCCACUAAAUGUCAAUACCCACUAUACAUAAAGAUAAACGGUCAUAAUCAGCCCAAACUUAUGACCCGCUAAGCUGAUUUUGUCACCUUAAUUACACUUCACUUGUUUGUUUACUAGUACAGUACUAUAUUUCACUUCAUUUUAAGUUGUCAAUCGUAGAUAGCAAUAACCGUUGUUGUACCGCCCGAGUCCAACGUGACUGCUGGAUUUUACCCUAAUAAUACCUUGCGCAUUUGCAGCUUAAUUCCAUGGCAGAUCAAAAUAAUAGCAACUACAAUGAAGAAGAAGAGUACUCAAUCAUGACUUGCAAUUUGCCCAAAGACGCAGUAGUUCAGAUACUCUUACGUCUUCCCGUAAAGACACUGCUCCGAUUCAGGUCUGUCUGCAAAUCAUGGUACAAUUUCCUCAAAAGCUCUAAUUUCAUUAAAUUACACCUGACUCAUCAAAUCUCUCGUCCUGCUUCAACCUUUAUUGCUUACAAAAGGGAGAAUCAUAGCCGUUUAUGGCCUGAUCUCUUUUUGCUCCAUCUUCAUCCCAUUGCAUGCGACAUUGAGCAAUAUAAUUUCACUAUUAACCACCAAUUGCCUUUACCUUUUGGUACUGAUGACCUUAAGGAUUACGCGAAUUUCGAGUUUUGUUACAAUGGCUUAAUCUGUUUGCUGAAGGAUAUUUAUACCUCACCCGUAGUCAUUCUUUGGAAUCCUGCAACUCGGAGAAAUAAAUGCGUUAAUAUACCUUCUGAGUGCUCCAGAUUUACUUAUUUAAAACUAGGUUAUCAUCAACAAAGUAAUGACUAUAAGAUUUUGAAAGUCCCGUUUGAGACUCGGAGUAACGAUGAAUCAUCGAAAAUGGCUUGGGUUUAUACCCUGAGUUUAGGUUCAUGGAAAACAAUACCGUUCACUCUGCUUGACCUAACUGUUGCUUGGGGACCUCAGAUUUCUCUGAAUGGUUUUGUGUAUUGGCUGGCUAAUUCAGGCGCGGUGGAAUGUGUUAUCUGUUUUGAUUUGAUUAAGGAUGAAUUUAAACUUGUGGAUGUACCUGAUGAUCGUGGAUUUGAUCGCGAACUUGUUCGUAGAAGGCAUAUGGUUCUGAGGGGAUCCCUUGCCAUGAUGGUUUCUGUUGAGGAUGGUUCUAGGGAUACUGAGAUAUGGGUGCUGGUGAAUAAAAUUAGUGGCCUAAAACCAUAUUCUUGGACUAAGAAGUUCAUUAUAGAACCUUUCUCCAAAGACACAAUCCCGUUGGGGAUCUGGAAUGCUGAUAAGCUUCUCGUCGUAGUUUUACAAGCUCGUGCUCUCAAGCAAAUCUACUCUUAUGAUCUGUUUACGAAAAAGAAAAACUAUUUUCAUGUGCCAAAGGAACAAGAUUUAGGAUCGUUUAUGUCAGUGCGUGGGCGUUAUUUUGAGAGCUUGGAACUUGAAGAUGGAUAUGGCUAGAGGUACUGAAAUAACAAGUUUGUGAUUACUACUUCUGAUCCUUUGGAUAGAGCAAUGGCACUAUUAAGUACUGAUUUAGUGUCCAUUUUAUUCUUUAAUUUGUUUGAUUAACUUCCUCCAUCUUUGAUUAGUUUUACUGUGCUUUCAAUGGAGACCCCAGAACACCUUAGAAAUAAGGCCUUCACAUCUGCUACAAUUGGAGAAUUGUUUUAGAAAUAUUGCUGUGUUCAUUUAUUAGAUCUUUUAAAUUUCUAUUUUAGCCUCUUGAUUAUCAGCCUAUCUCUUUUUAAUUGUUCAAUAACAUGAUGUUUUUUCCUUC